AUGCAGGAACAACUCCCACUCUUGCUCCCACCACGAGCUCCUCCAGUGGACCUCAGUAUCGACUACAACAAUUCGGAACGACUUCUACUGCAGCUCCCACCACCACCUCUUCCAAGGCGCCCACAGUGUCGAGUACAACAAGAUUCGGGAACGACCUCUACUGCAGCUCCCACCACGAGCUCCUCCAGUGGACCUCCACGAUCGACUGCAACGGAUAUAGGAACGACUUCUACUGCAGCUCCCACCACCUCUUCCAAGGCGCCCACAGUGUCGACUACAACAGAUUCGGGAACGACUUCCACUCUGCUUCCACCACGAGCUCCUCCAAAGGGCCCUCAGUAUCGACCGCAACAAUCCAGGAACUACUUCUACUGCAGCUCCCACCACCACCUCUUCCAAGGCGCCCACAGUGUCGAGUACAACAGAUUCGGGAACGACUUCCACUCUGGCUUCCACCACGAGCUCCUCCAAGGGCCCUCAGUAUCGACCGCAACAAUCCAGGAACUACUUCUACUGCAGCUCCCACCACCACCUCUUCCAAGGCGCCCACAGUGUCGAGUACAACAGAUUCGGGAACGACUUCCACUGCAGCUUCCACCACGAGCUCCUCCAAGGGCCCUCAGUAUCGACCGCAACAAAUCCAGGAACGACUUCUACUGCAGCUCCCACCACCACCUCUUCCAAGGCGCCCACAGUGUCGAGUACAACAGAUUCGGGAACGACCUCUACUGCAGCUCCCACCACGAGCUCCUCCAAGGGCCCUCAGUAUCGACCGCAACAAAUCCAGGAACUACUUCUACUGCAGCUCCCACCACCACCUCUUCCAAGGCGCCCACAGUGUCGACUAACAAGUUCGGAACGACCUCUACUGCAGCACCCACCACGAGCUCCUCCAAGGGGCCCUCAGUAUCGACCGCAACAAAUCCAGGAACUACUUCUACUGCAGCUCCCACCACCACCUCUUCCAAGGCGCCCACAGUGUCGAGUACAACAAGUUCGGCAACGACCUCUACUGCAGCACCCACCACGAGCUCCUCCAAGGCCUCCACAUCGACCGCAACGGAUAUAGGAACGACUUCUACUGCAGCUCCCACCACCACCUCUUCCAAGGCGCCCACAGUGUCGAGUACAACAAGUUCGGCAACGACCUCUACUGCAGCACCCACCACGAGCUCCUCCAGUGGACCUCCACGAUCGACUGCAACGGAUAUAGGAACUACUUCUACUGCAGCUCCCACCACCACCUCUUCCAAGGCACCCGCAUUGUCGACUACAAUAGAUUCGGAAACGACCUCUACUGCAGCUCCCACCACCACCUCUUCCAAGGCACCCGCAUUGUCGACUACAAUAGAUUCGGAAACGACCUCUACUGCAGCACCCACCACGAGCUCCUCCAAGGGGCCCUCAGUAUCGACCGCAACGAAUCCAGGAACUACUUCUACUGCAGCUCCCACCACCACCUCUUCCAAGGCACCCGCAUUGUCGACUACAAUAGAUUCGGAAACGACCUCUACUGCAGCACCCACCACGAGCUCCUCCAAGGGGCCCUCAGUAUCGACCGCAACAAAUCCAGGAACUACUUCUACUGCAGCUCCCACCACCACCUCUUCCAAGGCGCCCGCAUGUGUCGAGUACAACAAGAUUCGGCAACGACCUCUACUGCAGCACCCACCACGAGCUCCUCCAAGGGGCCCUCAGUAUCGACCGCAACGAAUCCAGGAACUACUUCUACUGCAGCUCCCACCACCACCUCUUCCAAGGCACCCGCAUUGUCGACUACAAUAG